AUGAACGGUGACGUCACAUUACCCAACACCCAAUCAGAAGAGAGCGUCGAGAGGGGUUAUUGGUCAGGCAAGUUUGAUUUCUUCCUAUCUCUGCUGGGCAGUCGUGAGACAAAAAGAAUCUAUAAACAUUAUUCCAUUGGACUCGGGAACGUGUGGAGGUUUCCCUACCUCUGCUACCGGAAUGGUGGGGGUGCAUUUUUGAUCCCAUACACGAUUGUACUCGUUCUGGUUGGAAUGCCGAUGUUCUACCUGGAGCUGGUACUGGGUCAGUUUUGCAGUUGUGGACCUCUUAAUUGCUGGGAGUUUGCUCCGUUGUUUCAAGGCCUAGGUGCUGCCCAACUUGUGGUGUCAACUCUCGUAAGCAUCUACUACAACAUGAUCAUUGCGCGAGCUCUCUUCUAUUUAUUCGCUUCAAUCUUCAACCUGACAAACUUACCCUGGUCUCAUUGCAACAACUAUUGGAACACAGACUUUUGUUUUGACAAGAUGCCUAAUACUCCUUGCAAUUAUUCAAUUUUGAUCCGCCAACCGAAUGGAACGUGUACAAAUGGAAGUCAAGUUAUCGGUUUGUGGGAUUUCCAAACUUUUCAGAACGUUACAAACCUCAAGCGAACCUCAGCUAGCGAGGAGUUUUACAUAAACAGGGUGUUAAACUUGAGUUCGGGCAUCCAUGAACUGAAGGAAGUCAGGUGGGACUUGGUUUUGAGUUUGAUUUUGGCCUGGGUCAUCACCUUUCUCUACGUCAUCAGAGGCGUCAAAGCAACUGGAAAUGUCCUUUAUUUCACAGCACUGUUCCCGUUUUUUGUGUUAGUGAUAUUAUUUGGCAGAGGAAUAACGUUGUCCGGAUCAUCAGACGGCAUACUCUAUUAUUUGAAACCUGAUUUUAAUCGACUAAAAGAAGCCAGGGUAUGGGACGAUGCAGUUAACCACGUGUUCUUCAGCACGUCCAACUGUUGGGGAGGACUCAUUGCCCUAUCGAGUUACAAUCGGUUCAAUUACAACUGUCUGAGAGACGCCGUGGUGGUUACCCUGAUGAACUAUGCAGCAGGGAUAUUUGCAGGACUUGUUGUCUUCAGUUUCUUGGGAUUCAUGGCUCAAACCAUGGGAGUUAGUGUGGAUCAAGUCGUUGACAGCGGACCCGGGUUGGUGUUCAUCGUGUGUCCGGAUGCAGUGACCAGGAUGCCCGUCUCCUCUCUCUGGAGCAUCUUCUUCUUCCUCAUGCUACUCACACUCGGAAUUGAUACGCAGUUUACAAACAUGGAAACGAUAAUGACUUCAACGCUGGACCAAUUUCCAUUUCUGAGGAGGCACAAGACGUGGGUGGUCCUGGGUGUCUGUGUUGUCCUCUUCUUACUUGGCCUCCCUCUAUGCACUGGGGGAGGCAACUACAUGCUGUUACUCAUGGACACAUACUGCAGUGGGUGGGGCUUGUUGCUUAUUGGGGUCAUUGAGUGCAUAGCCCUGGCUUGGGUCUACGGAUGCACUCGUCUGUACAACGACAUGGAGAUAAUGCUGGGAAGAAGGGAUGUCGUCUGGUGGAGAAUUUGUUGGCAGUUUCUGUGUCCUGUUUUUAUAUUGUUUAUUCUCAUAUUCGCGUGGGUUGACUACAGGCCAGUCACUUACGGAUCGUACGUUUAUCCCAGGUUGCAUUCUGAAACGUUCUUAUGA